AUGGUAUUCAUCCUCUGUGCGCAGAUAGCACAGCAGAUCACGAGUUCUCAAGCACCAGGUGCUUUACCAAGUGCAACUGUGACAAAUCCAAGAGAGCAUAAUAAUGUGAGUGCAGUAACUACAAGAAGUGGAAAAGCAAGUGAGGUUCUUGAAAAGAAAGUUGAGGAAGAAGAUACACUACUUGAAGUGGAUUUGGAAAUUUUAGAAAAUAAAACACCACCAACGGAAGAAGUCAUAUUGAAGCCAGCUGUGAAGGAAAAGCCCACUGAGCAAAAACCCAUAAUAAAGCUCCCAUUCCCACAAAGGAACAAGAAGCAGAAGCAGGACGAGAAAAACUUUCAGAAGUUUGUAGAAAUGUUUAGGAAGUUAGAAAUCAACAUCCCAUUCUCUGAGGCACUCGAUCAAAUGCCUAUUUAUGCCAAAUUCAUGAAGGACAUCAUAUCCAAGAAGCGCACCACUGACACUGACUCUGUUAUACUAACUGAAACUUGUAGUGCUAUUUUGCAGGGUAUGAAGAUUCCAAUUAAAAAACCAGAUAGAGGCUCGGUUACUAUACCUUGCACCAUUGGAGAUAGGUCCUUUAAAAGGGCUCUGAUUGAUUUGGGGGCUAGUGUGAGCCUUAUGCCUUUGUCCAUCUACAGGAAACUAGGGAUUGGAAGAGUUCAAGACACCAGAAUGACACUUCAAUUUGCCGAUCACUCAGUGAAGAAACCCUUUGGGAUUGUUGAAGAUGUUCUGGUUAAAGUUGAUAAAUUUGUUUUUCCUGUUGAUUUUGUAAUUCUGGAAAUGCCAGAAGAUGAGGAGAUACCCCUGAUCUUGGGUAGACCAUUUUUAGAGACAGGUAGAUCUAUGAUAGACAUUGAGAAUGGUACUAUGACUCUUAAGGUUUAUGAUGAGGAGCUGAAAAUUAAUGUGAGAAGCACUAUGAAGCACAAAGAGGAUGUAGGUACAAAUCACUCAGUGGAAGUGAUUAAUCAGAUAGUAGCCGAUAACAUUCAGAGUAGUUUUCCAGAAUCACCGUUAGAAAGAGUUUUGUUCUUGUCAACUGAGGAGAUGGAGGAGAGUGAUAAUGAGAAGGAAAAAGAAAUUCUUGCUCUACUUGAUGCACAACCACCUUGGUUGAAAUCCAAACCACACCGGUGGGAGGAUUUAAGAGGUUCACCAGAAACAGAAGAUAAAAAGGAAAACAAAACAGGUACAAGUUCUGAGUUAAAACAACUACCUGUUAAUCUUAAAUAUGUUUUUCUAGAAUCUGGAGAAAAAUGUCCUGCUAUUAUCAAUUCUGAGUUAAAUAAAAAAGAUGAAGAAAAGUUGAUACAGGUACUUAAGAAGCACAGGAGUGCUAUUGGUUGGACUAUCGAGGAUAUAAAAGGAAUUAGCCCCACGGUAUGCAUGCAUAAAAUACUGAUGGAGGAUAACCAGAAACCGGUAGUGCAACCUCAAAGGAGGUUAAAUCCAGCAAUGAAAGAAGUAGUGAGGAAAGAAGUCGUAAAGUUGUUGGAUGCAGGAUUAAUUUAUCCUAUUUCAGAUAGUUCUUAG